AUGCCGCUGAGUGACAUGACGCUAAUCUUUAAAGAGGCAGGUUUUGUGCAGCUGAGGGAUGAUUCGUCUGGAUCGCAGGUUUCGCAGGUUGCAGGUAUGGUCAAUAGGAGAAUCCUAGACCUUGAUGGUAUAGACCUUGACGGCGGCGAAGCCAUCUCCAGUGAGUCAAUCUGGCAUUGA